UCGAUGUCAGUGCGUUCGUCAAAUGGUUCGUGACUUUUCGAAACCCUCAAGAAAUAUGGAGGGAAGAGCCGACUUUCCUUAUGUGCGAGAUAGUAUUUCUGUUAAUUGCUGCAAUGACUUUCCGACAUGUUUAACAACAGUGUCUGCUGGUAAAGUAAAUGUUAUUGGGAAAAGCUCUCUUGAUCUAGUCGCACUGAUAGAAUGUUUGACGGAAGAGGAUCCCAGUGUUUACGGAAAGGAAAAUUCCAGUCUCUUUAUUUCAUUAAGAAAUGGAAAGACUUACAUCCUUCUCUGGAUAACACUCUCCCUCCAUGGGCUGACCACUGAAUGUGUCUCAUAUUUUGUGCCUGAUGUGGACAAUUUUUGGCACGCACAAUCCAUGGUGAUGCUUGUAGAGAAAAGACUGCCUUUGCACAUAGUCUUAUUUUAUCCUGGUGUCAUGUACACUGUUGCAUUGUCAGUGGCCAAGCUCCGCCUUCCUCUCUCUGCCGAACCCUUUGCAGUUGGUCUAGCUGAUGUCAUCUUUGACUUCCCGUUUGACAUUAUGGGGAUCAAACUCCUCUGGUGGUCGUGGCAUGACACUGACCCUAACCUCUUUGAUCGUCACUACUGGGUACCAUGGACCAGCUAUAUUUUCCAUAUGACAUUUGCGUCCAGCUUUACAUUUAUUUUCCAUGGCAUGCGCUGGGCCCUGAUUGGUGUGGAUAAAUUCCAGCCAUCAAAAAGUUGGUUCAAGGAACUGACCUGUGUUCUUGUGGCGGGCGUGUUCUCCAUGCCACUGGGUGUGGUUCAGUUUAUAGUGUUCUACCACAUACCACAUGACAUGUAUGGCAUUCACACAGAGGUGCUUGUACUACUGAUGUGUCUUGUCUAUGGGGUAUUCCUCUGGCGGGCCGAUCGCAAUCCCAGGAUUCAUAGCAGACCUGAUGAAAUCAAUCCAAAAGAUUCACCCAAGACAAGAAGCAGGUUUGAUGAGAUUAGCUUCAAUGUCCUAAUACACUUCCUAUUCUAUGUCUUCUUGGUGGGGUUUGCCCAUCCUGAGAAUGUGAGAGCCACUGGGCUUCACCAGCGCAUUGGAAACUGUUCACAUGUAACUGCCGUCCACACCCCUUUAGGCCAGGUCCUCCAAAAGAAAACCUUCUUAUGUCCAAGAGACUAUGAUGAGGGGUACUUUGACUGGCACUGUACCCCUUCCGGCCACGCCCCACCCGAUGGGACCAACUGGUACACCCUGUGUGGCACAGGGUACCCAAACCACGCCGAAUAUAUAUUGGUGGUGACGUCGUUUUGUAUGUUGGGAUUAGCGUUCUAUUAUCAACUCCUGUGGCGCUCUGCUAUGGAUGUGUUGCCAAGGAAAGACAAGGGAAAGAUGAAAAGCAACUAGAUUGUCAUCAUACCUAUUAUGAAUAAAACGUGAUUUUUAUAA